AGAGCUUUGUGUUAAUAUAUCAAGUCCUUUAUUGAGAAUGAAUCGAGCUUUGCAGCCAAAACAUGUAGCUGCUGUAAUAAGAUACCAGAAUGAUCCCCUAAACGCACUCAAAAUGUUCAACCAAGUGAAAACUGAAGAUGGUUUCAAGCACACAUUGGAAACGUAUAAGUGCAUGAUUGAGAAACUUGGGCUGCAUGGAAAAUUUGAAGCAAUGGAGGAUGUGCUCGCUGAAAUGAGGAAGAAUGUCGAUAGCAAAAUGCUUGAAGGAGUGUAUAUUGGAAUUAUGAGGGACUAUGGAAGGAAAGGAAAGGUUCAAGAAGCUGUUAAUGUGUUUGAAAGGAUGGAUUUUUAUGAUUGUGAGCCAUCCGUUCAAUCAUAUAAUGCCAUCAUGAACAUUUUAGUUGAGUACGGGUAUUUCAGUCAAGCUCACAAAGUGUAUAUGAGAAUGAAAGAUAUUGGAAUUUAUCCAGAUGUUUAUACACACACAAUUAGGAUGAAGUCCUUUUGUAUAACUGGUAGGCCAACUGCUGCCCUGAGGCUGCUUAAUAAUAUGCCUGGCCAGGGAUGUGAGUUCAAUGCUGUUUCAUAUUGCGCUGUGAUUAGUGGAUUUUACAAAGAGAAUUGUCAAAUUGAGGCAUAUCACUUGUUCGACGAAAUGCUCAAACAAGGUAUCUGUCCUGAUAUUUUAACAUUCAAUAAGCUCAUUCAUGUUCUUUGUAAGAAGGGUAAUGUUCAAGAAAGUGAGAAACUCUUCAGCAAGGUCAUGAAGAGGGGAGUGUGCCCAAAUCUGUUCACAUUCAAUAUCUUCAUUCAGGGGCUUUGUAGAAAAGGUGCAAUAGAUGAGGCUGCUAGAUUGUUGGAGAGUAUCGUAUCAGAAGGUCUAACUCCUGAUGUAAUUUCGUACAAUACACUGAUUUGUGGCUUCUGUAAACAUUCUAAAUUAGUAGAAGCAGAGUGUUAUUUGCAUAAAAUGGUGAAUAGUGGGGUUGAGCCAAACGAAUUUACCUAUAAUACAAUUAUUAAUGGAUUUUGCAAAGCGGGUAUGAUGCAAAAUGCAGAUAAAAUUCUCCGUGAUGCAAUGUUUAAGGGGUUCAUCCCUGAUGAAUUCACAUAUAGCUCUUUAAUUAAUGGAUUAUGCAACGAUGGAGAUAUGAACCGAGCCAUGGCUGUAUUUUAUGAGGCAAUGGAAAAAGGAUUUAAGCAUAGUAUUAUUCUCUAUAAUACAUUGGUAAAGGGGUUGUCCAAGCAGGGCCUUGUUUUGCAGGCCUUGCAGCUGAUGAAAGAUAUGAUGGAACAUGGUUGUAGCCCUGAUAUUUGGACUUACAAUCUAGUUGUGAAUGGGUUAUGCAAGAUGGGUUGUCUAUCUGAUGCCAAUGGAAUUCUGAAUGAUGCUAUUGCCAAGGGAUGCAUUCCUGAUAUAUUUACCUUCAAUACAUUGAUUGAUGGUUACUGUAAACAACGGAACAUGGACAAAGCUAUUGAGAUUUUAGACACAAUGUUGAGUCAUGGUAUAACUCCUGAUGUGAUUACAUAUAACACACUCUUAAAUGGCCUCUGCAAGGCAAGAAAGCUAGACAAUGUGGUGGACACUUUUAAAGCAAUGCUUGAGAAGGGGUGUACACCAAACAUAAUUACAUACAAUAUAUUGAUUGAAAGCUUUUGUAAAGAUCGAAAAGUUAGCGAAGCAAUGGAGUUAUUUAAGGAGAUGAAAACUAGAGGCUUGACUCCAGAUAUUGUUACUCUUUGCACCUUGAUUUGUGGGUUAUGCAGUAAUGGCGAGCUGGAUAAAGCUUAUGAGCUAUUUGUGACAAUAGAAAAAGAAUACAAAUUCUCAUAUUCAACAGCUAUAUUCAACAUUAUGAUCAAUGCCUUCUGUGAAAAACUAAAUGUUAGUAUGGCAGAGAAGCUCUUUCAUAAGAUGGGUGGCUCUGACUGUGCUCCAGACAAUUACACCUACCGUGUCAUGAUAGAUUCUUACUGCAAAACAGGGAACAUUGACCUUGCACACACUUUUCUCCUGGAAAAUAUCAGUAAAGGGUUGGUUCCAUCAUUCACAACCUGUGGAAAAGUUUUGAACUGUCUUUGUGUGACGCACAGAUUAAGUGAGGCAGUGGUUAUUAUCAACCUCAUGGUGCAGAAUGGCAUUGUUCCUGAAGAAGUGAAUUCAAUAUUUGAAGCUGACAAGAAGGAAGUAGCUGCACCUAAAAUUGUUGUAGAAUAUCUAUUGAAGAAGUCUCAUAUCACAUACUAUAGUUAUGAACUGUUGUAUGAUGGAAUUCGAAAUAGAAAGUUGGACAACAAAAAGUUCAAACGAAGUACUUCCCUAGUUUCAGGAAAGAGAGUUGCGAAUCAUCAUAGACAUAUUUAAAAGAUCAUGAAUUAGAAGUUAGAUCUCAGAUAGAGUACAGAAAAGAUGCUAGUAAGCAGUGCUUUUCUACAUAGAAAGUAACUGAAAAUCUUGGAGGAAUGCAUAAAAGAGUAGUGGAAGCCAGGCCGUUGUUGUAUAAAGUAGCAUAUCAGAAGGCAAAGCUUCAGUUGGAGUUUGUAAAGCGUGAUUGGUAUCUGCAUAAGCUUUCGGAUGGAUUGGUGGUUUAAUAUACUAUCAGAGCAGGAGGUCCUGUCUUCAAGCUCCUGCAUUGUUGUUUUCUUCCCGAUUAAAAUCAAUUUCCAUUUAUUGGGCCUUUCAAUAUUUCAAGCCCACAAGUAUACAAGUGAGUAAAGCAUGAAUCUGUAACUUUGGAUGCAAAGAUAAAGGCACUAAGCAAAUAUUUUUCAACAUACUGUAAGUUGAAAGGAACGACCAAUUCAAUUGACAUCCUUGGAUCAGUUAUUGAUCAUUUAAGGAGAGAAAGCUGUGCAGGCCUAUUUAUCAGGAUUUGCAGGUGUUGAAAGUAGAUGAUUUUGAGGAAAAAAAAUGAUCACUGCACCAGACUUCUCAACUACCUUGGUUAUGCCUGCCAAAGGGAUGCUAGGAAGGAAAUAGAGCUAAAAGGUGCCAGGAGAGAGAUGGAACUGGAAGAUACUGAGCUUGGAGAAGGAGAAGCUUGGUCCUACUAGAACAAUGAAGAUUUUGAUUUAAAUAUCGACACUGAUAUUGCUCUCUCCUACAUCGUUCUUUUGAAUGAAGAUGAUUCUUCUGAACUUGAAUCACACACCAAUAUCAUGCGGCCAGCAGAUGAAAGAGAAGUGAACAGAAUUAAACCAAAUACAUCCUGUCUUUUUAGAUCCAGGCCCCAGAGAGAAAUCCACCAAAGACAGAAACUCGAACAAAGCCGUUAGCAGAAAAGGCAUUUGUCUGGAAAUUACUGGAAGGGUGCAGCAUGAUAGCAAUGAAUUGAAGCAUUUUAUGAUGGAAAGUGUUUGAAACGUCAUUCAAUAGGAAAGCUUGGGAAGGGGGCCUUCUAUGCAUCACAGGCAGCAGACAUUAGAAGACAAUUAUGAAUGUUCUUUAGAUGCUGGUUGAAGCAUAACUACUUAGCAAACAUCUAGACUUAUGUUCAAUUAUACUAGUAGCCUGAUCUCGGUGUAAAACUUUUCACAGCGGAAUAUCUCUUUUGUCCCAUAUACGUUGUGUUCUUUUUCCCUUUCCUUUUUACCUUCGAGAGUUCCACGUUUUACAUCCCAGCCGACAGUUUUUUGUUAAUAAAUUAUAUAUUCCCAACAAUGUUUGAUGCUUCUAUUGAAUAAAGAAAACCUAUAGUAGGACUCUACACUUUUUAAUUCAA